CUCUCUCAACAGAAUUCCUACUUUUCACAGAGCACUUGAAUGCGGCUACAGCCAAAGUUCAGCGCCAUUCUAAAUACCUUGGUAUAACAAUAUGACAUCUUCCAUAAAUGCGGGAAAAGUCUACCUCACGGCGAUUGCACUUCUUGGUUGCCUGUUGUCGGUCACAGGUGAUUACUGUGAGGUGAACUAUUGCCAUAAUGGCGGGACGUGUGUGACAGGGGUAGGAGAGGAACCAUUCAUCUGCAUCUGUGCGGAUGGGUUUGCUGGAGACACAUGCAACCUAACAGAGACAGGACCUUGCAGUCCCAAUCCGUGUAAGAAUGACGCAUCUUGCGAGGUGAUUGCUCCUACCAGAAGAGGAGAUGUUUUCAAUGAGUACAUCUGCAAAUGCAGGGUGGGCUUUGAGGGUGCUCACUGCCAGAUAAAUGUUAAUGACUGCGCCAAUCGACCAUGUAAAAAUGGAGGCAUAUGCAGAGAUCUCGAUGGUGAUUUUUCAUGUCAGUGCCCUUCACCCUAUGUUGGGAAGCAGUGCCAUCUACGUUGCAUUUCUUUACUGGGAAUGGAAGGAGGAGCAAUCGCCGAGUCCCAGAUUUCUGCAUCGUCUGUGCACUACGGAAUUCUUGGUCUUCAGCGUUGGGGUCCGGAGUUGGCACGGCUCAACAAUCAAGGCAUCGUCAAUGCCUGGACAUCAGCUGUCCAUGACAGAAAUCCUUGGAUAGAGAUAAACAUGCAGAAGAAGAUGCGUCUAACGGGAAUCAUAACUCAAGGGGCCAGUCGCAUGGGCACGGCGGAAUACAUAAAGGCCUUUAAGGUGUCCAGCAGCUUUGAUGGGAAGACCUAUACCACAUACAGAAUGGAUGGACAACGGCGAGACAAAGUUUUAGUGGGCAACAUCGAUAACGACAGCACAAAGACUAAUCUUUUUGACCCACCCAUUGUGGCCCAGUACAUUCGCAUAAUUCCUGUGGUUUGCCGAAAGGCAUGCACGCUACGCAUGGAGUUGGUGGGAUGCGAACUAAAUGUUUAUUCAAACACAACAGGGUGCUCAGAGCCAAUGGGAAUGAAAUCUCGUCUGAUAUCGGAUGGUCAACUGUCAGCCUCCAGUUCCUUCCGCACAUGGGGCAUCGAUAGCUUCACUUGGCUCCCUCAAUUUGCUCGCCUGGAUAAGCAGGGAAAGACUAAUGCGUGGUCACCUUCCCAAAACAACCGGACAGAGUGGAUCCAGGUGGAUCUCGAGAAGACAAAGCGCCUCACGGGUAUCAUCACUCAGGGGGCCAAAGAUUUUGGAGUAGUGCAAUUUGUGUCUGUAUUCAAAGUGGCUUACAGUGAUGAUGAAGAGUCGUGGAAUAUCGUGAAGGAUGUCAACACUGGCCGUGACAAGCUUUUCCAAGGCAAUAUUGACAACAACAGCCAUGUGAAGAAUGUAUUUGAGCCACCGUUCUAUGCCCGAUUCGUCCGAGUGGUUCCCUGGGAGUGGCAGGAGCGUAUCACACUACGCAUGGAACUACUAGGUUGUGAUGACUAGAGACUCGGCUUCCAUUCGCAGAUCUCAUCCUUAUUUCACCUUAUCCCCACCAAUACCCCAUGACAGCGUUUACAUUGUGCUGUAUAACUCUGGAUAAAGAUUAUGUUGCUGGACUUAAGCAUAAGUAGCACUUUCUUUGUCUUUUUUUUUUUUCCUUUUUUUUUUUUUUUAAAUUUACAUUGCUUACUUCUGCUGUGUAUUUGUGCUUUAAAUUGUAUAGCGUUCUUAUAAUCUUAAAUGAAUCCUUUAACUUUGCGUAUAACAUGUACAGUAUUCCAUGCUAAUUAUGUUGCGGAGUUUAAAUGUUUUCCUGAACUAUAGUGAUCUUUACGAACAGAUACACACUACAACAAGUAAAUCUUACCUAAAGGCUAGUUUUCACGGCGCACACGAUAUUAUGAAGAAGCAUGGUCAGUGCAAUAUGAAUUUUGGUACGCUGUGAGUCUUGUAGAUAUUAUUUUGUUGUUUACACAUUUCAGACUUUUUUUCCACCAUGUUUAAAAAAAAAAAACUGCUUGUAACACUUAAAAUGUGUACAAAGGUAAAAUAAAUUGUUUUUAAAGGUAUUGU